UUCGCUCAUUUCCUCCUACUGAACUGGCAAUAUAGGAGUACUAUAUAUAUAUGGAUCAAGUGGAUCGACUAGCUGAGCUGCUUGAUUCAUUCUUUUUAUCUCCAUGUUAUCAGAACGACCAAGUGGUGACAGAAAAGACGGGUUUAGAAAAAUCUAGAAGGUUUCAGCUGUGCCUGUCAUUAUUCCUCGGCUUAUUCGUGCUCAUAUUCAGUAUUACUCAGGCUUCAAAAGCCACAGUGGCUCUCUUAAAUAUUUGACAAUUGCACAUUUCACUGCCUUUCACGUUCGACAUGGAACAAAGAGAUCGCGAUCAGAUAAACUACUGUUGCGACAAAGUUGUAUCUAAGAUUGAUAUGACAAGACUCUUGCCAAUAUUGGUGCAAAACAAGGUCUACAACAACGAUGACACAAACAUGUCUCGCUGGAUGAAGAAUACUAUGGACCCAGAUACAAUCAAAGUUAUAUUUUUAACGAUAAAAACACGAGGACCACAUGCAUUUAAAAAUUUAAUUCUUAGUUUAAGACAGACUGACCAUGAAAAUGUAGCUGAUAUAUUAGAAGGAAAAAUUAGCAUAAAUAAUACGAAUAAUACAAGUAACACAAGUUUUAAUCAAGAAGACAAUUCAUUUAUUAACCAUUCGUCUGAUAAGCCUCUAACAAUAAAGCUUUGUAAAGCAACACGAUUUUUAGAUCGUGAAUAUCAUGAUCUCAUUGAACGCUAUCCCAUGCGGAGUAAACCUCGUGGUUUGGUUUUGAUAAUUUCAAAUAUUGAUUACAAACUGGAAGAUAAACCAAGAUUUUCGGCAACACAUGAUGCAGUUAAUUUACAAAAGCUUUUUGAAGAAAUGGGCUUUAAAGUUAUUGUACAUCAAAAUUUAAACGGAUCGCAAAUAAAUGAGGUAAUAAAAACAUUUUCAAAACAUGAUGAUUUGGGAAAAGUCGACUCGUGUUUUGUAAUAGUUACAAGUCAUGGUACUGAAGAUAAAAAUUCUAAGGAUAAAGAAAAUAACACAGAAAUUCAAGGAUUGGAUUUUUCUACUGUAAGCAAGCAAGAAAAUUAUGAAAAAGUUCUGUGUGAAGGUAUUUAUGAUUAUUUCACUGCAGAAGCCUGUCCACAACUUGCAGGAAAACCAAAGAUAUUUAUUUUCCAACUUUGCAGAGGAAAAAGAAAACAAAACGCUGUAUUUCACUCUAGGACUGUCACAGAUAGUAUCAUUUCUAAUCCGAAUAAUGAAUACAAUAUCACACAUGAAUAUAAUACAUCUAACUUAUCAACAAGGAAUUAUUCAGAUAUGCUCAUAGUUUAUUCUACUUUGCCUGGAUAUGUAUCAUAUCGAGAUAAAAUAACUGGUAGUUGGUUCAUACAUUACCUUUGUAGUAUAUUCAUGAAUUAUGCUUACAAGACUCAUAUUUACGAUUUAUUUACCAUGGUUGAUGCACAUUUGAAAAGGAUCAGAACGGGAUGUAACGAGUGUCAGACAUCAUCUAUACUAUCAUGGGGAUUUAAUAAACAUUGUUAUCUCAAUCCUGGCCAUUUUGAAUCAUGACAAUGAAGAAAAAAAGAGAGUGACUUUAUUACGCAAGCAAUAAUAUAUGAAUUACAUAUUUUCAUAUUUUGAUUGCCAAUAUUUUAACAUAUUUAAUUUUCGGUGCAAGUACAGAACAUUUUUAUAUUGUAAAUAAUUAUCAAAUUUUAUAUAAACUUUUUAUGAUCUUUUUAUGGAAAAAGUAAAUCGUCUCUAAUUCUCUUUUUUAAUUCUUUUAUAUAUAUUUGUUAUUAUAUUGUAUACUAGAUUAUGUUAAAAUAACGUAAUUUAAAUCGACCACACUGGCAAUUUAUUGAUUGGUAAAGAAUCACAACGUUUCGACCAUGGGUUUUGGUCCUUAUCAAGUGAAAAUAUCAGUUAACCAAUAUAUAGUGAGAAAAGAAGAAAUCACAUGUCAAGAUCGUUAUGUCACAUUCAAUUUUUCUCUUUGUGUCUGAGGUUGACAUGACGAUCUUGAUAUGUGAUUUCUUCUUUUCUCACUAUAUAUUGGUUAACUAAGAUAUUUUCACUUGAUAAGGACCAAAACCCAUGGUCGAAACGUUGUGAUUCUUUACCAACCAAUAAAUUGCCAGUGUGGUCAACUUAAAUUACGUUAUUUUAUCUACUGGCAAUAUUCAAGAAUUAGAUUAUGUUGUUAAGAAUAUAUAUUUUUCUCUUUA